UAUGAAAAGAGAGCUCCAGAUACUGUGGAAAAGUCGCCCGCUUUCCGGAGCGAGUCUGCAAAGCUGCCCAGAUUUACCCGAGCGAGCUGCUAGAGUUCACCGGCACGGUAGUGUGAAUGUGAAGACCUAGCGAAAUUCUCUACAGAUCCAGUGAAACUACUUCAGCACAAUGAAACAAGUCCCUCAUAUACUUUCCAGUCCUGCUGUGAAGACUUCUAAUCCGGAAGUCAGCCGUGAGUGUUCGGUGUUCUUAGGACGGGCCCAGAUUUCGGCGUCCCUACAAGAAGGGGUCAUACAGAAGCUUAACGGCCAUGAUGCGAUACCGUUUCUCCCGCCUGAUAAACUGAAGGAUCUAACCUCCCGGGUGUUUAAUGGAGAGUCGGGGGCGCAAGAAGCCAAAGUACGCUUUGAUGAACCACAAAUUCAAGGGAUUGAAACGCCACCGUCCACAAGCCCCACAAAGAACGGAUCCCCUGAAAUAAAAUUAAAAAUCACCAAGACUUACAUGAAUGGAAAGCCGCUCUUCGAGUCUUCGAUAUGCGGGGAGACGGCAGAAGAGGAAACUGCUGCCCCAGAGGAAGCUGGCGUUGAAAAGAAAAGCAAGAGGGGAAGAAAGAGAAAAAAUGUGAAGUCUGGGACCACUGAGGAGAGAGAGAGCGAUAAAACACCUGCCAAAUCUAGCGAUGCAGACUCAUCAGAGACUAAGAUUCCAUCUGAUUCAGACUCAUCAGCUGCAAAAGAUGAAGAUGACCCUUCUUGUAGAUUCUUGAUUGGAGACAUGGUGUGGUCCAAAGUUUCUGGCUAUCCAUGGUGGCCUUGUAUGGUAACGGCUGAUCCUGUCCUGCACAGCCAUACAAAGAUCAAAGGGCAAAAGAAGAAUGUUCGUCAAUAUCAUGUACAGUUCUUUGGCAAUGCUCCUGAAAGAGCUUGGAUAUUUGAGAAGAGCUUGAUGUCUUUUAAAGGAGAAUAUGAGUAUGAUCAGCUGUGCCAGGAAAGUGCAAAACAAGCACCCACUAAAGCAGAAAAGAUUAAGCUUUUAAAACCGAUAUCUGGCAAAAUCAGAGCCCAGUGGGACAUAGGUAUACAACAGGCUAAAGAAGCUCUAACAAUGACAACUGAAGAGAGGAAGGAAAAGUUUACUUUCUUUUAUGUGAAAGACCGUCCUCAUCUUAACCCAAAAGUAGCUGCGGAAGCAGGCAUCCCUUUGGAGCCAUACGAGGGAGAUGAAAAGUGCCCCGGUGGUAAGUCUGAGAGCCCGGAAAAAGAUGAUGUGCCGAGCAAGAGAAGGAGAGUGUCCCGGCUUCCAACCGCCGGCAGCCAAGAGUCCCAUCCUUCUGAUACAAAGCUUCCUGAGAGCGGAGAGUCCAAAGGUGCCGUGGCAGCCAAAAAGAGGCCUGGAGCCCAUACCCCAAGAAGCAAAAAGGGAGCCCCGACACAGUUCCUGGUAUUCUGUCAGAAGCAUAAAGAUGAGGUGAUACAGGAGCACCCAGAUGCUUCUCCUGAAGAGAUUGAAGAAUUACUUGAGUCACAGUGGAAUAUGCUCAGUGAUAAACAAAAAGCCCGUUAUAACACAAAGUUUGCAAUUGUCACCUCUCCCAAAUCAGAAGACUCUGGUACGUCAUCUAAGAGCAUCCGGGAAGCCAAGAAGAACCUGUUCCCAAAGUUACCAAAGAGGAGCUCAAGAUCAAGAAGUAAAUUGCAUGGAAAUAAACGAACCCACUUAACGAUGGUGCGCAAACGAGCCAGGGACGACGGCGCCAAGGAAGCUCCUAGAAAGCGACUUCUCGUAAAGAAAAAAGAAGCUGUAAAGGAGAAACAUCAGAAAGUCUACAAAGCCAAAGACUCAGUCCCCAUAAAACAACAAACAGCAGUGCAGCUGUCUGAUGCUUGUAAGCCACUGAAGAAGCGCAAGCGGGACCCUGAGCUUGGCAUGUCGCUGUCCGAGAACGAGGUCAGCGAUGGUCAUGGAGAUGAGAGGUCUGAGUCAACAUCAGAAAGCGCUGAUGAAUCUCAGACAGAAGCAUCCAUGCUGUCAAAGAAGUGUGAACGGAGUACAGCAAGAAAAGAAAUGGUUUGUCAGAUAUGUGAGAAGCCUGGAGACCUCCUGCUCUGUGAAGGGCUGUGCUCCUCGGCUUUCCAUUUAUCCUGCCUCGGACUUUCCUCAAAACCCUCCGGAAACUAUCAGUGCCAGGAAUGCACAUCAAAUGUCCACACGUGUUUUGUGUGCAAGAAGAAUAGUCCAGAUGUCAAACGCUGCGUGGCGUCUCACUGUGGGAAGUUUUAUCAUGAGUCUUGCCUUCAGAAGUACCCUCUCGCAGUAAUUGAUAACAAAGGCGUUCGCUGUCCUCUCCACCGCUGUGCUAGCUGCUCUGUUUCCAAUCCUUCCAACCCCAGGACAUCCAAAGGGAAACUGAUCCGUUGCAUUCGCUGCCCGGUUGCCUAUCAUGGAGGUGAUGGUUGCGUAGCUGCGGGAUGUACAUUGUUAACUCCUUCCUCUAUAAUCUGUACGGCUCAUUUCGCGGCCAAGAAGGGAAAUAGUCAUCAUGCUCAUGUCAAUGUCAGCUGGUGUUUCAUCUGCUCAAAAGGAGGGAGCCUGCUCUGUUGUGAGUCUUGCCCUGCUGCGUUUCACCCGGACUGCCUGAAUAUUGAGAUGCCGGAUGGCAGCUGGUUUUGCAACGACUGUAGAGUGGGAAAGAAGCCUCUGUUCCAUGACAUUAUUUGGGUGAAACUGGGAAACUACAGGUGGUGGCCUGCAGAGGUAUGUCACCCAAAAAAUGUUCCCCCGAAUAUCCAAAAGAUGAAGCAUGAAAUUGGUGAAUUUCCAGUGUUCUUCUUCGGCUCUAAAGAUUAUUACUGGACCCACCAAGCCAGGGUAUUUCCGUACAUGGAAGGAGACAGGGGCAGUAAACACCACGGGGGCAAAAGCAUUGGCAAAGUUUUCCGAAAUGCUCUUGAAGAAGCGGAGGCUCGCUUUUGUGAGCUGAAGCUCCAACGAGAGGCAAAGGAAACCCUUGUAAACGAAAAAAAGCCCCCACCUUAUAAGCACAUAAAGGUGAAUAAGCCUUAUGGAAAAGUUCAAGUUUACACGGCUGACAUAUCUGAAAUCCCAAAGUGCAAUUGUAAGCCUUCAAGUGAGAAGCCAUGUGGCUUUGACUCUGAAUGUCUGAACCGGAUGCUGAUGUAUGAAUGCCACCCUCAAGUAUGCCCGGCGGGCGACCGGUGUCAGAAUCAGUGCUUUACCAAACGCCAGUAUCCUGAGACCAAGAUCAUUAAAACGGAAGGAAAAGGAUGGGGUCUGAUAGCUAUACGCGAUAUUAAAAAGGGAGAGUUUGUGAACGAGUAUAUUGGUGAACUUAUAGAUGAAGAAGAAUGCAUGACGCGCAUCAGAUAUGCCCAGGAGAACGACAUUACACACUUCUACAUGCUGACCAUUGACAAGGACCGGAUUAUUGAUGCCGGACCUAAGGGGAACUAUUCCCGUUUUAUGAAUCACAGCUGUCAGCCAAAUUGUGAGACCCAGAAAUGGACGGUGAAUGGAGAUACGCGAGUCGGCCUCUUUGCAGUACGAGAUAUACCUGCAGGCGAGGAGCUGACAUUUAACUACAAUCUAGACUGCCUUGGCAAUGAGAAAACUGUCUGCAGAUGUGGGGCUCCCAACUGCAGCGGGUUCCUCGGUGACAGACCCAAGAACUCCUCUGCUGCAACUCACGAAGAAAAAACUAAAAAAGCCAAGAAGAAGCAGAAGAGACGCAGAUCCAAGCCAGAUGGAAAGAAGGAGUCUGAGGAUUACUGCUUCCGGUGUAACGAUGGCGGUGAGCUGGUCAUAUGCGACAAGAAAUUCUGCACAAAGGCUUACCACCUCUCAUGCCUGGAUUUGGUCAAAAGGCCGUUUGGGAAGUGGGAAUGUCCUUGGCAUCACUGCGAUGUUUGCGGAAAGGCUUCGGUCACGUGCUGCUCCUUAUGCCCAAAUUCCUUUUGUAAAGAUCAUGAUGGCGAAGAACAGUUCACGCGGACCGCAAAUGGACAGCUGUGCUGCUUAGAACACGACCUUGAAGAGUCCGUCUGUAGCGAAGCUGUUGAGCCGAUACCCAAGGAGCGCCCUAAAGCCAAGUACAAGAAGAAAUCCAAAAAACGAUAGUUGGCUCCGUUCUGUCGGCGGACUGCAGCGUCUACUGCACGUGUAAAUACAUGCCCGUUUGUGAAUAAGGCCAGAAAUACCCAUCGCCAUUUAAUUGCUGUAUAGUUAGCACAAAGAUUUUCAAUUCAGGACACAACGUACUCACUGAGCCAUCCCCCGGCAGCUUGCGCUGCGCCUGCACUGAACCUGAACUGUGACUGUCACAGCUCUGAAAUAUUCAGGACAAAAACAUUACCCAGCAUUACAGCAUCCGCUUCCGACGCCUCGAAUAAUGCAAAAAGUUCUUGCUUUUCUGUCAGAUCGGGCUGUGUGCGAAUGAAUGAGAUUAUUCACAAUCCUGCAGAUGUUUACUUGUUCGAACAAGACACUAUUGGCUCCAGUUAACCAUCGCUUAAGUAUUAUUUUAGUUUUAUUUUUAUAGUCCAUACGCACACCUCCCUAUAAAGCUUUUGAGGCAUAGGUACUAUUUUUUUUAUAGUUUGAGGGUGGGUUUUUUAAUCUGGAGCUCAGUUAUGUGUAUGUUUCACGCAGUGACCUCAUGCUGUGAUGGGCCGAGCGAGGCGUUUGUCCGUUUCGCUCGCCCCGUGAUGUUAGAGGUGUGAUUUUUAUUUUUAGUUUGUUGCGAUUUGAAGCAUACUUUACAUUAUUGUACCCAAGAUUGCUUUUAUAAUUUGCGAGCACAGUUCUUGAACUCCCUUGCUCAGUAGAUAUGGUGUGAUUUGUUUUAUAAAUGCACAGUUGCUACCUCACCUGGUUAAAAGAAAUAACUCAUUGAUGCUGCAGUAUGUUUGCUGCGACGAGGCGGUGAAAAUACUCCGAAACAACAAGAAAAACCUCAGAGUUCCAUCACCUCUUAAAAAGAUAGAUUACUAAUUUAUGGUGCAUUGAUGUGAAUAAAACGAGAUGAUACUUUUAUUAAUCUCACACCAGCCGUUUACCAGCAUAGCCUUUCUUCUGGCCAAACUAAUAAUUGGCACGGAUUUCAUAUUGCGUCUUCCUGUGUUUUUGUUUCUUUUUGCUCGCCAAAGCAGGCGUUGGCGCUUGGAAGGUCAAGGCGAAGCGAUGCAAAACCACUUUUUAUUAUAGCUGCUGGAGAAAAGCCUUUUUAUUAAAAUGCACGUAAGGAAA